CCUUGAACCCGUAUACAUGUCGGACGCUUCCUUUUGCGAAAAACGCGUCGCGUCCGAAGGCGACUGAGUGACGCGUGUGUCAUGCCUAUUCCGUCCUUUCUGAGAAGCUGUCGAGAUCGAGAGUAGUACUGUUCUGGAUCUAGAUUUAGAUGGAAGAGGUUGGCACCAAUCGCUAACAUAUGCAGAUGAAGAAGGGUUUCUCAUCGAUUGAGUCGCUUCAUCGUCAUCGUAAUUGGCAUCGCUGCACCAUCUUGCUGAUCAACUGGAAACGCCGAGAGCUGUCCGACGAAUGAUGAGUAGCAACGAUUGGUCCACCCUAUGCAUUGGUCGGCAUCCGGCUCACGACGACGAUCAUAAGCAACGGUCGAGCCAAACGCGUGUGGAUGAGGCUUGGGAUACACCUGCCAGGUCAUCGAAUGUCGCACCAUUACGAAGCAGCAUACCGCGAGCAGACGAGGAACAGCUAGCCCCGAAAUCACACUUCUCGGCGGAUAGACAUUUCGCUCGAACCGCCGCCCUCGCAGCCGAGCCCGAGAUCAUUGCGCCGGUACCUGAUUAUGGGAGUAUUUUCCCUCAGUUUAGUCGCGAUGACGAUGCUCCGACAGGGUCAUCGCGGGCGUUGAAUCAGUAUCUGAGGAAUGGGCAAUCGGAUCGGUCGGCCUGGAACGCGACCGAGUCGUUGGCGUUGGAGAAUAUGGUGAUGGAGAACACUAACGAUGUUAUGGUGGAAGCCCGAGCACUCCUGGAGCACUGGGUCACCAGCGCUGCAAGUGUCGAUAGUCGCCUCAGCGUAAACGCGGAUGCAUCUGCAAGCAUCCGAGGGAAGAUCACUUACGGGGGCGAUGGAGGAGUGACGUACGAUGACGCUGCUGCCCGGGCAGCCAACCUGGAACAGCAGCUGUGUGCGGCGACGGAAGGGAGACAGGUUAGAGCUAUUGUGCAGGAGGCUGUGAGAGAUGGCUGCGUCAAGUCAAUAGGGGUUUCGCCACAAUCACACAAGCAUCCGGACGACCCACGUGCGGCAUUGCAAGAAAGGCAGGACCUGGUCCGUGAGCGUCGCGAGAAGCAAAGACAGCAGAAAGUAUUGGAGGUGGAGAGGAAGCUGGCGGACAAGCAGUCCAAAAUGCUGCAUCGGAUGCAAACGAAAGGCAUUGAGAGGUUGCGAAACAAAGAUAUCGCCCCAAUACCGCCGGCACCGAAAGAAAAAUGCGAGCGAUGGAAAAUGGAGAUCGCCGUCCGAGCCGCGCGGGUCGCGCUCGAAGAGACGCUGGGUGAGAAGCUCCGACCAAAGUCACGGGCACGUAGGAGAGACGAAGAAGGAAUGGAGAAGAUGAGUCUUGCCCUUGUAGACGAUCUUCUUGCUAAUGAUGAUGCGGCGACAAGAGCACCUAAUGCAUCCACGGCAAAUACAUCGCGCACUCAUCCCGCAAGAAGCCGGAAAGAAAACGGCGACCACACCCUCAUUCACCAGAAACACUCGGCGCACAAUAUACCAAACGAGGUAGAAAACAGUGAAGAGAAGAAGCGACAGGAGAUGAAACAGAAACGACUGGAAUAUGGUCGAUGGCGUGCGGAUGAGCUGUACUCACUGAAAAGGCUUAAAAUGCUGAAGACGUUCUUGGCCGCCUGGUGUCAGCUGGUGGUUGACCAUCAACGCUCAUUCCAGCAAUGUCAGAUCGUUCGUCGCUGGCGUCUUCUGAACGGAAUGUGGCAGGCUUGGAAAGCAGCUCGUCGCGCUCGGGUUCACAAACGAGCAGCCGAGGAGUUUGCCCGUCAACUCAAGCAUGCGCAAGAGACGGCAACGAUGGCGGCCAAUUUCCACGCUAGCAGGCAGAAGUCUAAAGCGUUUCUGGCAUGGGCUGCUUGGGCGAGGAUGGAGAAAGAAGCCCGAACCCUCCGCCGCCAACACGAAGAACGCGCGAAACAGAUGAAAGAGCUGCUGCUCAAAGUCGAGAAGAGACGGAAGCUCGAGGCUGAGGUCGAACAGAAGCGAGUUGAGACCGUGGUCGCGGAUCUUAAAAGUAUGGCGGAGGGUGCUGGUCGCAAUGAAGCGAGGGUGGUGGCGGACGGUGCAGCUGAGAUGGGCACGCCCGUUGUUGAUGAGGCAGUCCAGACGGAAGCUGCCCUGAAUUCGGCUUCCGAUCGGCCAGUCGAAGAUGAUGCGGCUAGCAUCACCGAGACCGGACACGCGCACACCGUAGCCAAACCUCGCCCUAUCGCAAAACCAGCUCUGAAGCCUCGCCUGCCUAUCCGAAGCGUGAAGGAUCAGCAGAUGAUAGAUGCAAUGGAAGCCCGCCACGCCACCCGCCGCCUCAAACGCGAACAACUCGCCCUCGCCCGCGAAGCCCACGCCGCCGAACAGGCCGCCGCCCGCGCCGCCGCCGAAGCCGAAACCCUGCGCCAAGCCGAAGCCGAGAAAGAGCGUGCCCGCGCUGAACGCAAAGCACUCGAGGAAGCCGCGGCGGCCCGCAAAGCGCAGAUCGAGGCUGUUAAUGAUAUGAUUAGGCGGUUUAGGGAGCGGUGGUGUGUUAGGGGGGUUUGGAGGGCGUGGGUGGGGUUGAGAGAGGAGGGGGUGAGAUGUGCGGAUGGAAUGUGGCAGAAGAGAUGGGUUAAGAGGUGGAGGGAACGGUGGGAGGCGAGAGUGAAGGAGAGGUGGGAGAGGGCUUGUAAGCUGCAUAGAGGGAGGUGUGUCGCGGAUAUGUGGAGGCGGUGGAAGAUGACGCGUUCGGCACGCAUGGAAAGCACGCAAUUGGCCAUCAAGCAAAGUCUGGUAUCCGCCGAGCAACGAGGGUUCCAGCGCUGGCGGGAUGCGUUCCACAUCGCGCGCAAGCGGCGAAUCGCGGCCGAGCAAGCGGCGUACGCGAAGGCGGAUAACAUGGCUCAGCGCCUCGUCCCAAAACGCUACAUGCGCAUGUGGCGAGCGUACGUCGCAGGCGAGAAGGAACAGAAAUGGCGAGAAUAUCGGAAGGAAGUCCUGCGGAGCCGUGUGAAGGAAAUCCUGGCACAUUCACGGUUCGAGGCAACGCUAGAGACGGAGACGAUCGCGGCCCAGGAUCCGCAUGAGGGAGAUUUACGCUUUUUGGCAUCUUGACGAUGUGAGCCACGUAGCACAUCAGCUCUGCUUAGCUUGCAAGUACUCCCCAAUGGAAUCCCGCCACCAUCUAAUGCGCCGCAGAUCGUUGCAGUAACUUGCACCAAAUUUGACUAUUCUCUAUCGCGCAAGUGGACCGGACUGCUAUCCGUGGUAGCAUUGAUAUGUUUCAAUAAUACUAGCCUACAUACACGAAAGAGUGGGGUACUCGGCCAUGAGCUACAUAACACUGGAAUGACGCAUAGGAGUCCCUAGCCAACAACCUGUCUACUGCCCUCCUGAUAUGUCUUCUGACUGAAGAGCAAAUGGUUCGGACUCUUCAGUGGUUGGUGUAGCACGCAGGACUUCGAUGGAGGGGAUGACGGUCUUGUCGGCUUGGAGGGCGGGUGGAGGAGGUUGUUUGGCCAACUCGUGCAGAAACC